GCAAGCGCGCGCAAGUUAAUCUUUGGUAUCGGUAUAGUAGUACGAGUGAACUGUCGCGAUGCUGUUUUACUUUGGAGUGGCGUUCGUGCUGACUGUUAUCGGCGCCGAGGCGGGCUACCUGGGCAAGGAGCUGGGCGCGCUGUCGGAGCUGCACCACGGCGUGCGCGGGCGCGUGUUCGCUGUGGACUCGCGCACGCUGUUCCUGCACGACUUCCACUACGACGGCGAGGGGCCCGCGGCAUACUUCUACGUCGGGACUUCGAAGACGCCGAGUGCCACCGGCGCCCUGAGGCUGCGGGACGAGCGAGGCGGCGGCACUCCUCUGCGCCGGUACCGCGGGGAGAGCGUCACGCUGUCACUGCCCGAGGGGAAGACGCUGCGAGACGUGAGCUGGUUCUCAGUCUGGUGCGACGAGUACUCGAUCAACUUCGGCUCGGUGGAGAUCCCGCGCGCGCUGGAGUACCCCAAGCCCGCCAAGGUGGGCGCGCUGCGCGGCGUGCACGGCGUGGCGUCGGACGCCAUCGUGGUGGUUGACGCGCAGACGCUGCUGGUGCCCAACUUCUCCUACGACGGAGAGGCUCCUGAUGCGAAGUUCUGGGUGGGGCGCGGGGACAAGCCGUCGCCGCAGGGCAUCCGCAUCCCCGACGAGAACGGCAAGGAGGCGCCACUGAGGAAAUACGACCGGAAGACCAUCGUGCUGACGCUGCCCGGGGAGCUGACCGUGUUCGACGUGGGCCACUUCGCGGUGUGGUGUGAGGCAUUCACCGUCAACUUCGGCCACGUCACGCUGCCACGCGCCGCGCUCGCCAACGUGCCACCCAGUCUCAAGAUGCUCGGCGUGUCCCCGCAGUCCAAGCUGAACUGCGAAGUGCUCCAUGACGAGCUGGCAUUCGAGGUGCGCUGGGCUAUCGCUGGCGACAGCAUUGUGCUGCAGCUGGUCUCCAAGCUUGAGGACGGUGAGUACAUGUCGUUCGGCAUCUCCGGCAGCCCGGCGCACUCGCAGAUGGUGGGCGGUGACGUGGCGGUGGGCUGGGUGGACAAGGCCACGCUCAAGGGCUACGCCGAGGACUACUACCUGGAUGCCAAGAGCCAGUGCGCCGGAGCUCACGGCUCUUGUCCCGACGAAGCAUUUGCGAAAGGUACCAGCUCGGUGCGCAUGCUCAACGCAGCACUUGUAAACGGUUACUCCAUAGUGACGUACCAGCGGCCCCUGAAGGCUGCCGACAGCUUCGACCUGCCGAUCUUCACCAACGCCUCCCAGCCUAUCAUCUGGGCCGUCGGACCCCUCAACUCAAAGCAGGAAGUGUCGUACCAUCAGUACUUUACAAAGGGUGACAAAUUCAUUGAGUUCGGAAGACCACCGCUAUGGAACUGUCCUAUGCCAGAAGGCGAAGAAGAGCAGACGACACCAGAAGUGCAUCGGGCAACCCCAGUCAGACCAGCGGCUCACGAAAAUGCAGCAAUAAUAAGGCCGAACCCCGUGCCAACCCCGAAGCCUUCUGCCAAGGCGAAGCCGUGGGACAUCCCCGGCAUUCAAUGCUACGAGCCUCCAGACGGUGUUCUGUAUGCUCAGAUGGGCCCCACGGGAGGGAAACAAGGAUAUCCUGCGAUUACUGGUCACGUCGGUUGGGGUAUAUCCUGGUACAUCAACGGCCUUCUGAUCCCAGAGGUGACAGUGGUCCGCGGAAAGAAGUAUACCUUCGUGGUGGAGGGCGGUACAGAUCCUGAUGUACCAGCACGGUAUCACCCCUUCUAUAUCACCAACGAUCCCGUCGGAGGGUACUAUCACAAAUCUGAUGCUGAAAAGAAGGGUAUAGAAAUCUACGCUGGAGUCCGUCGAACACGCACCGGAGAUUUAAUACCUACUGGAGUUGGCCGCCUUUGCAACUGGACCCCUGACCAGAACGGCCCUGAAGCCGAUGAGUACCCUAGCUUCGGAGCUUACCAGAGAUCCCUGACCCUCGUGUGUGAGGAAGGCAACCCGGGAGUCGUCACUUGGAUCCCUGACAAGAAUACCCCUGAUACUGUAUAUUAUCAGUGUUUCACUCACCGCCACCUUGGUUGGAAAAUAAACGUGGUCGAUGAGUGUGACGCCACAGAUGCAGAGGAGAGUAGACUCGUUGAGUCUGUAGCCCUACCCGGGGAUCUUAUGGGCGAAGAAUCAAUACAGGUACAAAACCGUGUGAAACCAGACUUAAACUUUUUAAAUCAGCGCCAAAAAGUUGAGAAAAUAAUCAAUACGAAACAAAAUUAUAACGAUUUCAGUAGCAAUAAAGGUGACAGCGGCCUCUCGGGGGAAAUAUAUCCGGAACCACCAAGAAACUUCAACUACCCCGACGGACAAGAGUAUGAAUUGCCUAUAACCAAAGUACAAAUCAAAGAAGUCAUUGAAGCAGUUGAAAGCUUAGAAGAACAAAUGAAAGAUGAAAUGAAAAGAAAUGCAACCGGUGCUUUAAAGCUAUCACAGUACCAAGUACACGAAGAUGUCAAGGAGUUGUUUGUGCCUGAACAGCCAAUAAGAGACGGUGACGAAUAUGUGGUUGAUAUGGGCAAGCUACCAGAGAGCUUUUUGUUACCCCCUAAUCAGACUCCACAGACUUUACACAAUGUUCUACGACCUAAUUCCCCAAGUAAACCAAUGGGCAAUAUGCGACCACCUUUCCGCAGACCUUCACCACCUGAAAUAAAAAUCCGGAGACCUUAUCCUAUGCAUCAGAAAGUAAACAGCCCUUAUCCUUUGCCAAUGCCCAAUCCGCAUGGAACCUAUAGUAUGUCGAAGAAACCAAACAAAUACCCUAAUAAUCGCCCUCCACCAAAUAUGAACAGACCCCAACAGUCUAACAUUCCACCCAUGAAAGCAAUGCCAUCUCUUCAUCCACCGAAAAAUAUAUUGAAUCGUGGCCCUCCUAAACAUCCACAAAAACUAUCUAACGCACCAGCACAGACGAUUAUUAUGGGCAAUCCAAGUAAUAAUAUUGGAGUACCACUUCAAAGUCAAACUUUGAGCUUGGGUCACACUGAUAUAAUUGCUAAUCAAGUGGUACAGAGUCAAAUAACUCUACCCGGAGUUAGCGAUGCUGUAGUGCAGCAAAGUGCACCUCCGAUAUAUUUCAAUAAACCAGGUCAAAUAAUUUUAGGAAAGCCCAUGGACCAUCCGUUACCAUUAGAUCAGCAGAUGCAAAUUAUACCAAAUACAAGUCAUACUAUAAGAGUAUAUUCUACUCCAAUACCUGAGGUAUAUAUCCAGACUUCUACGCCUCGCACCAAAUUGAAUGAAAAUGUUUACACACAUUCACAAACUGAUUUAAAAUCAUCCGACUUCAUUGGUCAGUCUACUGAUUCCUCUACUUUUACACCCGCGGUCAAUACUGGUUUUAAACCUGACUCUAUUGUGAUCGAAAGUGGGUUCAAACCAAUUAUUCGGGAGCCGUUGAUGGCUGGUGAGGACAAAAUCGCAGAGUAUGAAGGUAAUAACAUAAACAGAAGGGAAGACACCGACGUAGAAGAGGAUUAUGAAGAAGCUCCUCAGUAUAUUAAUCAUAACCAUGCUUAUCCCAGUGACAAAAUAACUGAAUCAUUCGAACCUAUGUUUAUACCUUCUCCUCCAGAUCAUUUAGUAUCAAAUAAUGAUAGAACUAAAGAAGUAUUUCCAAGUAAUCAUGCCAAGGAAGACAGACCGCAUCCAGUGUAUGUAAAAACUGAAAAUGAAUUAAAUGCUCUAUUUAGUAAAAAGAAUAUGAAUCGGGCUGUUCCGAGUGACAUGAUAAUGGACUCAGAUAAAAUAAGUCCUCAGUAUUUACCACCUGUUCCAAAGAGUCCUAAAGAACAUGCACAAAAGUUAACGUCAGAACAAACAUUCACAACCUAUGACGGCAAAACUGUGUCAGCUACAUCGUUGACUAGUGUACCAGAAGUAAAAACCAGUCCUAAGAUAUUUUCCUCUAAAUUACCAGCAAAUACAGAGUUACUUCUUAAGACCCCACAAUUCGGUCCAUUCAAAGGAGAAAUUCCUCCAGUAAUUGCAGAACACAUAAAGAAAGAUACAACAAGUGUCCCUGCACCCGUUUAUAAAGAUACAAGAACAACUCAUUUAAAACUAGUUCAGUUUUUACAUAAACCAGACUCUACUCCAGUAGAUGACUUAACACCCGAAGCUAGUGAGAUACAUGAGGAAAAUGCAGAGAAGCAAUCGAACGAUGAUGAAAAUACAGAUGAAAAUGAAGAUGAAGAAGAAUACGAAGAAGACGGAGAGGAAGAAGAAGAAAGCAGACGUCGCAAAAGAGAUACAAAAACAGCCCAAUUUGAAAGAGACAAUGUUCACGAAGAGACAACAGUAAUAAGUAAAAAAGAAAAUGUUUUAAUUAAUCACAUUGAAUUUGAAAAAACUUCUUCGGCUCCGAAAAAAUCCUGUAAUAUUAUAAAGUAUUUUUUAAUUGUUACACUACUGUUAAAGUGCUUUUAAAUCCUGUUAAGAUUAUUUAAUAAUUUAUUUAUUGGAUUAAAUUAUUGUGCCUUGCCAUUGAAUGCAUUUGGUUGAUUGUAAUAGUAUUAUAUUUAAGUAUUUUAGCUGAGGGUGUCCAAAGUCUUCGCAUUCAGCUGCUCCUUGACGUUGCACUCAAACCUGUUACCACUUUAAUACGCAUAAUGCAGUUCAAUACUCUGUUAGACUUAAGGUUUUGUAAAUAUUUUUUAUGAUUAAUAAUAAAAGUAGAGUUACAUUUU